GCCGCGACGCUGCCCCCACCCACUGGCCGACGCCCCUCCCAAGAACCUCGCCAAGGAAUCCUAGAAACCCACCAACAAAACACGGGGAAGGAGAAGGAGGUCCGUCCGUGGUGGAGUGGAGUGGAGGGAGGAAGACCAGUGAAGACCACGCAAGGCACAGGCGCAUUUGCGUGUGCCCGUCCUCGCGUGCUGUCUUCUUCUUCCUCCUCCUCCGUCUCCUCCAGCCCUGCUGUGAUGGCGCGGCGGUGGGCGGCUGCGGGCCUGCUGUGCCUGGCCGUGGCGGCGGCGGCGGCGGGGUCCGUGCUGGCGGCCGCCGUGGACGGCGCGGUCACCUACGACCGGAAGGCGGUGCUCAUCAACGGCCAGAGGCGGAUCCUCUUCUCCGGAUCCAUACAUUACCCCCGGAGCACCCCCGAGAUGUGGGAAGGGCUGAUUCAGAAGGCGAAAGACGGAGGCCUGGACGUGAUCCAGACCUACGUCUUCUGGAACGGGCAUGAGCCAACCCCUGGAAGCUACAACUUCGAAGGGAGGUACGAUUUGGUCAAGUUCAUUAAGACCGCCCAGAAGGCCGGGCUGUUUGUACAUCUCCGCAUCGGUCCCUACAUUUGCGGGGAGUGGAAUUUCGGCGGCUUUCCGGUCUGGCUGAAGUAUGUUCCGGGCAUCAGCUUCAGGACGGACAACGAGCCGUUCAAGGCGGCAAUGCAGGGGUUCACCGAGAAGAUUGUGGGGAUGAUGAAGAGCGAGGAGCUCUUUGCUUCCCAAGGUGGCCCCAUUAUCCUUUCUCAGAUUGAGAAUGAGUAUGGGCCAGAAGAGAAAGAGUUUGGGGCUGCUGGCAAGUCAUACAGUGACUGGGCGGCAAAGAUGGCCGUGGGAUUGGACACCGGUGUGCCGUGGGUGAUGUGCAAGCAGGAAGACGCACCAGAUCCAGUGAUAAACGCAUGCAAUGGUUUCUACUGUGAUGCAUUUACACCGAACACGCCUUCCAAGCCUACCAUGUGGACUGAAGCUUGGACUGGUUGGUUUACCGAAUUUGGUGGGACCAUCCGUAAACGACCAGUUGAAGAUCUUUCAUUUGCUGUUGCUCGCUUUGUGCAGAAGGGUGGUUCUUUUAUCAACUACUACAUGUACCAUGGCGGAACAAAUUUUGGGCGCACCGCUGGAGGUCCCUUCAUCACCACAAGCUACGAUUAUGAUGCUCCACUUGAUGAAUAUGGACUUGCAAGAGAACCAAAGUAUGGACAUCUUAAAGAACUUCAUAAAGCUAUCAAGUUAUGUGAGCAGGCAUUGGUUUCUGUUGAUCCAACUGUGACUUCCCUUGGAAGUAUGCAAGAGGCCCAUGUCUACCGAUCUCCAUCUGGUUGUGCAGCUUUUCUCGCAAACUAUAAUUCCAACUCUCAUGCAAAAAUUGUCUUCGACAAUGAGCAUUAUAGUCUCCCACCUUGGUCAAUCAGCAUCCUUCCUGAUUGCAAAACAGUUGUUUAUAACACUGCAACAGUUGGUGUUCAGACAUCUCAAAUGCAAAUGUGGUCCGACGGGGCCUCUUCAAUGAUGUGGGAGAGGUAUGAUGAGGAGGUUGGUUCACUAGCAGCUGCUCCGUUGCUCACCACAACUGGUCUACUCGAACAGCUUAACGUCACGAGAGACACCAGUGAUUAUCUUUGGUACAUGACCAGUGUGGAUGUAAGCCCCUCGGAGAAGUCUCUACAAGGUGGCAAGCCUUUGUCCCUCACUGUGCAGUCUGCUGGCCAUGCCUUGCAUAUCUUUGUCAAUGGACAGCUACAAGGUUCUGCUUCUGGAACCAGGGAAGAUAAAAGAAUUUCAUACAAGGGUGAUGUUAAACUUCGUGCCGGUACUAACAAAAUUUCACUGCUGAGUGUUGCUUGUGGGCUGCCGAAUAUCGGGGUGCAUUAUGAGACAUGGAAUACUGGUGUCAAUGGCCCUGUUGUGCUUCAUGGUUUGGAUGAAGGUUCGCGAGAUCUGACCUGGCAGACAUGGACCUAUCAGGUUGGUCUGAAAGGUGAACAAAUGAACCUGAACUCCUUAGAAGGUGCAAGUUCAGUUGAAUGGAUGCAAGGAUCAUUGAUUGCACAAAACCAAAUGCCAUUGGCAUGGUAUAGGGCAUACUUUGAUACUCCAAGUGGCGAUGAACCACUGGCUCUGGAUAUGGGUAGCAUGGGUAAGGGACAAAUCUGGAUAAACGGACAAAGCAUUGGACGGUACUCGUUAGCAUAUGCAACUGGGGACUGCAAAGAUUGCAGUUACACUGGGUCAUUCCGAGCAAUCAAAUGUCAAGCAGGUUGCGGUCAGCCCACACAACGUUGGUAUCAUGUACCAAAAUCCUGGUUGCAACCGACUAGAAAUCUGUUAGUUGUUUUCGAGGAACUUGGCGGGGAUACUUCGAAGAUUUCCCUUGUGAAGAGAUCAGUCUCAAAUGUCUGUGCUGAUGUAUCAGAGUUUCAUCCAAGUAUCAAGAACUGGCAAACUGAGAACUCAGGGGAAGCUAAACCUGAGUUGCGCAGGUCGAAGGUACAUCUAAGAUGCGCACCUGGGCAGUCUAUUUCUGCCAUCAAGUUUGCAAGCUUCGGGACACCUCUUGGGACUUGCGGAAGUUUCGAACAAGGGCAGUGCCAUUCAACCAAGUCACAGACUGUUCUUGAGAAUUGCAUCGGGAAGCAGAGAUGCGCCGUCACCAUCUCCCCCGACAACUUCGGCGGAGACCCCUGCCCGAAUGUGAUGAAGAGGGUGGCGGUCGAGGCGGUAUGCUCUCCUGGUACAUAGGCAACUCCUCCGACUAUACUAAUUUAAAGACGACACGGCCUUGUGCGUGACCGAUUGAGCACACGGGAAGUGAUCCGGAGGUGAAGUUCAACUGUAAAGUACUACCGAGUCGGCGUAGACGUGGCUGGAGGAUUUAGAAGGCCAUUUGCCAUUUCUAGCAUUGUGAUUUCAGAUUAGGAUUGGUGCUCUGCUCUGUAUCUCCAUGAAUUGUUCAAAAGCGACCAGCUGGUAGUCGAGGCUGGUCCUGGAAUGGAGUGUAGGGGGGAGUAAGGUGCAGAAGAUUAUUUUGCUGGUGUUGCGGGUAUGCAUGGGCUGUGUGUCAUCUUUCUUGAAGAAGAGAAGAUGUUGUAUCCUUCCUUUUGAAAAUACUUGUUUUUAA